AAGCGUGCGAUCUAGCGGAUAUCUCUAUCGUCGGCCAGCAACAAGAGGCUUGCGCUGCAGCAGCAUCACUGCUACACCGUCGAGCGCGCUCACCUCAUUUUUUACGCAACGAGGUGUCGCUGAAGCGCAGAUCUCAAAUCACAGUCAUUGCAGCAAACAGGCUGUAAUCAACCGCAAUCAUGUUGAGGAUAGUGGCGCUGGCCGGCUGCGCCGCGGCGCUGGCGCCCCUGGCGCGGCCCGUACGACGCGCAACGGCUCUGCAUUCCACCGCAGAAAACGUCGCGCAGACGCAGGAGACGUCGCGCGACAAGGUCAUGACUUUUAGCUAUGACACGGAGCGGGAACGGAAGUACGCGAAGCCCGUCUACAAGGGCACGGGCGACGGUCUUGGGGGCGACGAAGGCGAGUACGACGUCGUCGUCAUCGGCAGUGGCAUGGGCGGUCUGGCCUGUGGAGCCAUGUGCGCGAAAUAUGGGGAAAGUUCGAUCGUCUUGGAGUCGCACAUCAAGAUGGGCGGGUCGGCCCACUCCUUCACUCAUGGCCACGAUGGGGGCAAGUACUCGUUCGAGGUCGGGCCGUCGAUCUUCGAAGGGCUGGACAAGCCUUCAUUGAACCCGUUACGCAUCUUGCUCGAUAUUCUCGAUAGCGAGCUACCCGUGGAGACGUACCAGGGUCUGGCUUAUUGGGUGCCGACCUCGAACUUCGACGGGACGGGGCCGGUGCGGUCGUGGCGUUUUCAGUUGGGCGAUCCGGAAGCGCCGGGCGGCUUCUAUGAAGCUUUAAGGGAGCACGCCCAGGACGGCGAGCUCGCUAUCAAAGAAUUUAAGGCACUGAGGGCGCGUCUCAAGACGCUAGGUGGCUCUACCUCAGCCGUAUCGCUACUAAACUUACGGCAAGAUGCGGGCUUCCUCGCGACGACUGCUGGCUCGCUACCGUUCGUCUUGAGCCACCCCGACGUCUUCGCGGACCUACCUCUCACGUUCGACUCCUUGCACAAAACGGUGGACCAAUUGGUCACGGAGCCGUUCCUGCGGAACUUCAUCGACACGAUGUGCAUCUUCUGCGGCUUCCCGGCCAAGGGCGCCAUGACGGCGCACAUGCUCUACAUCCUCGAGCGCUUCUUCGAGCCGGGCUGCGCGUAUUCCGUGCCGAAGGGCGGGACGGAGAACAUCGCGCGCGCGAUCCACCGAGGCGGAGCUCAAUUUGGCAUGGACAUUUCCCUCAAUACCCAUGUGGCAGAAAUCCUAGUAGAGAACGGGAGAGCGGUCGGCGUCAAGCUCAAGAAUGGUAAAAUAAUACGCGCCAGAAAAGCGGUUGUCAGCAACGCGACGCCGUUCGACACCGUCAAGCUGUUACCGGCCCAAGACCAGCUCGAUCCGCAAAUGAAGGGCUACACGGAGCUCAAGGAGUGGCGGGAAACGUUAGGCACUCUACCUAGACACGGCGCGAUUUUGCAUCUGUUCGUCGCGGUCGACGCCGAGAAAGUCGUCAACGGCAAAAAAUUGGCCGACCAUGCUUCUUGGAGAGCUGCGGAGGACGAGAUCUCGAAGAACCCCGCGCAUCUCAUCGUGCAGGACUGGGGUCGAAGCAUGCAGGACUCGCAGAACCUGUGUUCGUUCUUCAUCCCUUCUUUGCUAGACAGAAGUGUGUGUCCCGAGGGCAAGCACGUGAUCCACGUCUAUUCUUCCGGUGGGGAACCCUACGAGACCUGGGAAAGUCUAGAACCUGGAAGUGCCGAGUACGAGGCGUACAAGGAGGAACGAGGAGAUAUUCUCUGGAAGGCCCUCGAGAACUGCAUCCCCGACGCGCGGGAACGGGCGGAAUUCCACAUCGUCGGGUCGCCGCUGGCGCAUGAGGCGUUUCUACGACGUGAUAGGGGCACUUACGGCAUGGCCUGGGCCGCGGGGACGUCCGCGCCGUACGCGGGAUUACUCAAAUUCACGCCCAUACCGUUCCCGUUUCCUAAUUUGAAGACGCCGGUCGAUGGACUACUACGGUGCGGCGACUCGUGCUUCCCGGGCAUCGGCACGCCCAGUGCCGCGGCUUCUGGUGUUAUUGCGGCCAACACCAUAGUGAACGUCGACCAGCACAUCGCCAUGCUCGAGGAGACGGCGAAGAAGGACCCGCUCUACAAGUUCCUGUCGCCGGGGCCCUUCCAGUGGCUCUACCGCGGGAUCGUCUCGGGGAUGACGCCGUCGCCGGAGUUGCGCGGUGGUGGGGCGUUCCAGCCGUCGUCCGGAUCCACGGUGUCGGCGGAGAAGGAGAUGGCGGCGUCGCGCUAGUUUCCCUGGGCGGUGGCCUAAUAGAGUAGCUAUGA